UUUCAGUACUCGAUAGUCUGUGAACUGCAAAAGUUGGAAAUUUUCAAAAUCAAGGAUAUUUGAAGCGUAUGUGCAAAUAAAAUGGAGAAUUUCACUUGAAAUAUCAGUUGGAAAGGGAUAUUGUCUGUUUUGCCCAGUGAAAUUCCAGUGUAAUCUUUGCGAAUCUAAGACACAACAAUAAGGAUUUGCAUUUAUUGAUUGCCUGAACGGAAUGUUUAAGUUUCUUUUAUUGCCGUACUUCUUGAGUAUGAGAAUAAAUUUGUGAGGCGAUAAAAUUUAAUGAGUUAACUUACGGUGCGUUUUAAAGUGAAAUAAAGUGGCUUUCAAGGUGAAUUAUUGUAAUUUAGUAGUAUUUUUUCGGUGUAACUGCAACGUGGAUUUAUUAGUUUCCGUUACGAAAACAAUUCGAGCACACGAAGAAAAUUGCAGAAAAAGUAAAUUUCCCAAAGCCCGAAAUUACUAAAACGAAAGAAAAAGGUACAAAACUUUUCGCUCAGUGUUUCAUGUGCUUGUUUGCAUUUUGUUUAUCGAGUUUGUUUUGCAUGAAUAUAGGAUGCAUGGUAAUUGCAAACAAUCCUACGUCAUUCCGCUAAUAAGCUAUCGCUUGCAAACCUUAUACCCACAUAACAGCGACGCUUCAAUUAUGGAAAAGUAUGACGUCAUAUCUGUGGUUGGAGAAGGCUCGUACGGAUUGGUAAUGAGAUGUCGUCAUCGCGAUUCGGGCCAGUAUGUUGCGAUAAAGAAGUUUUUGGAAACCGAAGAUGAUCCAUCGGUUCGGAAAAUGGCCAUGCGAGAAAUAAGAAUGCUGAAGAAAUUGCGCCAUGAAAAUUUGGUGAACAUGAUCGAAGUUUUCCGUCGGAAAAAACGGUUCUUCUUAGUGUUCGAGUACUUAGAGCAUACAGUCUUAGAGGAACUGGAGGCGCGAUCUGGUGGAUUGGGCUUUGUGACGUCACGGAAAUACUGCUAUCAAGUUUUAAGAGCUUUGGAUUUUAUUCACUCACAUGAUGUACUGCAUAGAGACGUUAAACCGGAGAAUGUGUUGGUCUCUCGACUGGGCGUUAUAAAACUGUGUGAUUUCGGUUUCGCAAGACCCUACACAGAAAAUGAAACAUUUACAGACUAUGUGGCUACCAGAUGGUAUCGUUCGCCGGAACUUCUUGUCGGUGAUGGAUACGGCAAGGAGGUGGACAUAUGGGCUGUUGGAUGUUUGUAUGCUGAAAUGAUGACCGGUGAACCGCUCUUUCCCGGCGAAAGUGACAUCGACCAACUGUUCCAAAUCGUUCGCGUUCUUGGCAGGUUAAAUUCUCGCCAUCAGAAUCUCAUCACUCGUAACACAAUGUUCAAAGGAAUGAAACAAGAACAGAAUACCAGCCUGCAUCAACUGUUCCCCGACUGGAAUCGAGAUUGUUUGGACUUUUUGGCGCAGUGUCUCAAAAUGGAUGGAAAUCAGCGGCCCGAUACGUCGAAAUUACUGAAACAUGAUCUGUUCACCAGGGAUAAAUUCGUGGAAACGUUUCUGGUUGAAUUGAAAGGUAAAUUGGCACAAGAAAUGGUUGGAAAUCCAUUACUGAAAAGGAUGCCUAGCUAUGGAUCUGGUCGGAAAAUGGCUGAUGAUAAAAGGGUUGCCGAGAAAGUGAACCAUAAAAAAUCUGGCGAUGAAUCCAAAGUCAACAAUGGGAAAGAUAAAAUAUCACAAAUCGGACUGUCACUGCUCUCCACCCAGUUACUGAACUCUACAAACAUUAAUUCGAAAAAUGGCACAGACACACUACCGAAGGCUGCGACGAACCAUGAUGAUCUGACUACAUUAUCAACUGUGAAUAAGCAAACGAUGAGCAACCCACCGAAAGCGACACAAAAAAUUAGCAUCAACAAUCUGGUAUUCAAAGAAGGUGCUAAAAACUAUCGAGUUCUGUCUGCCAAGCCUGCAAAAACGUCAUCAAUAUCCGAGAAAUCUUCGUCGACCAAUUUUGAUGUUCAAAUUCAGCCGCCAUCACCAGCCCAAUUCCAGAGUCUGCAAUCGGAUAUCACAAACGAAAUCAAUCAACAGAAACGCCUGUCUCCAGUUAGCAUCAACAAUUUAUCAAUAAACGGAAAUUUUCCGCAAUAUUUCAGUCACAAAAAGAGUUCAAAUAUCCUAGGACUCCAUCAAGUGUCCCAAAAAUCAAACAUAAAGCAGAGCAACCACACCAACUUAAACACAGCAAGACCAUCGUUAGUGAAAAGAGAUCGACCGCACAUUGACCUGGGUCUAAUUCCAUUGGGAUUGGGAGUUACGACGGAACCAUCGACAAAGGACCUAAGUCCUCGCAUUCUGCCUCCACCGCCGUGGUUGACAAGCAGUAACAUUAAAGUGAACACGGUCAACACUCACGGAAAACCUUCGCAGAUAACGAAAAGAAGUUUAACAGACUGGAAAAGUGUUGGAACGAUAACUGGUACGGCGAAAAGCAAUGCACCAUCGGAGGCGAAUGAAUUCCUACUACCCAAUUGUCCAGGCGCCAGCAGUCCAUUGAAAGGAAAUCGUAAAAAGUUAUCGCCGAUGGUCAAUUUUUCGGAGAACUUGUUUGGAAGCAGGAACAUCUCAGCAUCCUCGGACAAUGUUAAUGAGACAUAGCUGGAUAUUUUCUGGCCAAAAAAGAUCAUUAAGUUUGAAUGGGCAUUUCGCUGAAAAAGCUUUGCUGUGUACAUAAAAAAGAGCUAAAUAAAUUUAUUGUUAAAAUUAACUGUCGU